GUGAAUAUGUUGAUUAUCGACCUCUCAAUAAUAUUUACCUUCUUGAUAUAAGUCAAAAAAAUAAUUAUAAAUGGGUUAAUUUAUAUAACCCUUUCGCCUCAUCCACAUCUACAACAUCCUUACCAACACCUUCACCGACAACCACGUACACACCCUUAACUAGUAACAAUGGCCCUAAUUUUGGACUAAUUAUUGGUAUAGUCUCAGGAGGAUUUGCUACACCUUUUAAUUUAGUUGAUACUUCAUCAAUGCAUUGGACUGAUCUUUCUUUUGUUAGAAAUAACCCCAGUGCAUUUAGUGCAUCUGUAGUUAAUGAUAAUGCUAUUUUUUAUUUCGGUAACUCCUAUAGUACCUUUACUUUAAAUCGUGUUGAUAAAUUUGAUACUUUAGCAGAAAAAUGGAUUGCAUUUAAUUUUUCUGGAAUUAAUACAACCUUAGCAAGAACAUCUGCAUCUUAUGUUCAAGGUGUUAUUUCAAACAAUAUAAUUUAUUAUUUUAAUCCAUUUAAUGAAAGCACUCAACAUGACUUGAUUUUGGUGAUAGGUGGAUAUUCACAAGGUCGAAUAACUUCCUUAAAUAUUAAGACCUUUAGUUGGGAAAAUCUUACGAAUUUGAAUGAUGGCUUUAGAACUGGUUUAUAUUAUCAUACUUCUACAUUAAUUGAUCAUUAUAUUAUUAUUGCAUUUGGAUACGAUGUUAAUUACUAUCCUAACAUUUAUCUUAAUAAUUAUAGCAAUAAUAUUUCUCUUCUUGAUAUAAGUCAAAAAGACAAUUACAAAUGGGUUACUUCAUAUGUAGCUCAAGGUGGUGGCUCUCCAACUCCAACUCCAAGAUAUAUUACCACUCCUAGUGAAAUUUUUGGUGUUGUUGGUGGAAUUAUUG